CCGCCGCCGCCGCCGCCGCUGCUUUCCGGCGCUGAGGCCUCCCCCCGCGCGCAGCACCCGCUGCCGACGCUGCGCCUGGGUCGCUCUUCCGAGGUGCGGCAGGGGGAGUUCGUCGUGGCCAUGGGCAGCCCGUUCGCCCUGCAGAACACCAUCACCUCGGGCAUCGUCAGCUCGGCCCAGCGCGGAGGCCGGGAGCUGGGCUUGGCGUCCUCGGACAUGGAGUACAUCCAGACGGACGCCGCCAUCGACUUUGGGAACUCCGGGGGCCCCCUCGUCAACCUCGAUGGGGAAGUGAUCGGCGUCAACACGAUGAAGGUCACGCCUGGGAUCUCUUUUGCCAUUCCCUCCGACCGGCUCCGAGCCUUCCUGGAGCAGGAGGAGAAGCAGAGGGAGUCCUGGUUUGGUCGCUCCGAGGGCAAGCGCCGCUACAUUGGCGUGAUGAUGCUGACCUUGACUCCCAGCAUCCUGUCAGAGCUGAAAGGGAGGAAUCCGUCUUUCCCUGAUGUCCCACACGGUGUCCUCAUCCACAAGGUCAUUGUGGGCUCCCCUGCUCAUCAGGCGGGCCUGAAAGCUGGCGAUGUGGUAACAGAGAUCAAUGGGAAGGCCUCCCGGCGGGCAGAAGACAUCUACGAGGCCGUGCGGACCCAGACCCGCCUCACUUUGCUGGUCCACCGUGGCUAUGAGGUGCUGCUGUUGACCAUCACCCCGGAAGUCACAGAGUAGGGGAGUCGAGGCAGGACUCGGCCCCCCCAACCCCCCCCGGAUUCCAAAAGCUGUUUCCCCUGAGCAGAGGGUGGGCUGGGCCUCUGUUCCCUAUGACCUUGGCAGGGGAUUGACGGUGCCACGUGGCUGUGGGCUGGAAGUGGCCGGAGCCCGGCUGGCACGGCAGAGCUUCUCGUCCCUCUGCUGGGGUCACCUCGUUCAAGGAUCGCACAGUGCCCUUCCCAAAGAGGGGCAGGGGACGCACGGGGCACUUUGUCCCCAAAAGCUUUUGGUGGAGAGCCUGCAUCUUGCCUUUGUAACGAACACUUGUCGAAGAUGGCCUUGCCCGUGAAGGCAGCAUCUUCUGAAAGUGCUCCCGCUGGACCUGGCCGUAGCUGGUCUUUCCUGGACCGCAACCUUGCCCGGCCUGUCCCUUGGGGUGUUCUUAAGCCCUCUAAUCUGGGCGUUUGGGACUCUACUUGGGCGCCAGCCUUGAGAAGGCGGUGUGACUGGUUUGCCACAGGGGAAUUCCUUCUUGCCCUGGUGCGGGUGGGAGGCUGCCCUGCUUGAGAGAGAAGCCCCCAGCCAGCUGGGUUGGCUUCCCCUUCUCUCCUUGGAAUUGGGUGGGGGGGCUCUGCGUGUUCUGAAGCAGGGGGCUGCCUGAACCAAGAGUGGGGGCUGUGCAGCAGGAAGGGUGCUGGACUUGUGCCAGCCUGUGGAAUUGUAUCCCAUCUGCAGAGGCAUUAGCUGUCUCGGCUGGGGAUGUUGGGGGUUGGAGUCCAACAUUUCUGGCAGCUGUGAACUCUGGAAAGAGUGAUGUAAGGGCUGGGGGCGUGUGGCCAAAGUCAAUUACAUUUUCGAAGCCAGA